UCUUCUGUGCGGGUGACCAAUAACUUUUCUUCAUUCAGUGGUCCAUGUUGGACGCGUUAGCCAGGCGCGCCCACUGCACGUCUCCUCCCAGCGGAGAUGGUUUGGAUGGACUCAUGGAAAGACUGCACAUGCCGCAGAAAGAGUUCCGCAGCCGAGAGGGGAAGUGACUGACGAGGCCCGGCCAAACGGAGCUAAACGGCUAAACGGUAGCAGUCCGGUUCACCGGGGAGCUGUCGGUGUUUUCAUCCGAAUACUCAUCCAUGGGAGCGCUGCACUUUUAGAACAAACACUCUGAAUCAGACUAUUCUGCCUCAUCAGUGGAGCAUCUCACUCUCCACACUGUUGAUCCAAACAGAUGUGGACACACCCAGUCCUAACUUCAACACAGGAACUGGAUGAUCAGAAAGAGGCACAUGACAAGUGGAUCCCUCUGGGGAACAGCCCAGCAUAAUCAGUGUGUGAUAUAGCUUCCCCACAGAGGCUACAGCACUGCAACAAUGGAUGACUCCGGCGAGGACUAUGGGAACUACACCUAUGAAUACUACCUGGAGUACGGAGACCUAGAUGAACUCAAAGUGGACCACAGGCAGAGGGAAACCAUGCACAUUAUCUCAGUGGCCAUCUACAUUAUUUCCUUUGUGCUUGGACUCAUUGGAAACGGAACUGUUAUUUGGGUGACAGCAUUUAAAAGCAAAAAGACAGUCAACAGUGUUUGGUUGCUCAAUCUAGCCAUGGCAGACUUUGUAUUUGUGCUGUUUCUCCCCUUCUACAUUGACUACAUACUGCAGGACUUCCACUGGGACUUUGGUGUGGUCAUGUGUAAGCUCAACUCAUUUGUGUCUGUAAUGAACAUGUAUGCCAGUGUGCUCUUUCUCACAAUGCUCAGUAUAGACCGAUAUGUUUCUCUGGUGCACCUCAACUGGUCUCAGAAGUAUCGCACGAAAGAGAGGGCCUGGGUUGUCUGUGGUUGCAUAUGGGGGCUGGCUGCUGCCUUGAGCUGUCCUGCGCUGGUCUUUCGUGACACCAUGCACCUCCACGACAAGGUGGUAUGCUUUAACAACUUCCACACACAGGAUGGACACACGGCGGCUGUGAGACACAUUAUGAUUGUGGUCAUUCGUACCACUGUUGGCUUCUUGUUGCCUUUCACUGCUAUUUGUGUGACAGGUAUACUUCUGACAAUCAAAGUCAAUCAAUCUGGCGGCUUGUUUCGGUUGUCCAGCUUCUCUAGGACAGUCUCUGCAGUAAUUCUGGCCUUCUUUUUAUGCUGGUCACCUUUCCAUGCUUUUAGCUUGAUGGAGCUAUCCAUACAUUCCUCAUUAUACCUACACAACAUUCUAAAAGCUGGCUUUCCUCUUGCCACCAGUUUAGGAUUUUUUAACAGCUGCAUUAACCCCCUCCUGUACCUGCUCCUGGGCAAAAAGGUGCGUCAUAUCCUGAAGCGUGCAUGCCUAGACAUGACUAAGAGUUCACUGAGAGAGCUCAGCCAGUCAAUCUCUGCCACCGAGAUGGAGUCUGUGCCAGGGGUUUACCAGGACAGUGUGCCAGAGGAGCCCAUGGAGUCAUCAACUCUAUGAUGACAACUAUUCUCAGACUAGUCCACGAUAUCGUUAAAGUAUAGACUGGCUAUUACUUUACUGUAUUUUGGAGAAUUCUCAAAGCUGUUCUUUCCAAAUGUAUUUGGAUUUUCCCAAUUUUGUUUAAUUUGGAAAGAGUUAUGCUUUACACAACUGUGCAUAUUGUGCACAUGGAGGUAAUAUCUUUCUCUUUAGUUUUCAUUUGCACAACUUCAGUGAUUUGCAAUGAAAUAAGCAAACAAAUAUUUUGAUAAUUCAUUGAUAGUUUCAAUAUACUAUAUACAUAUACAGUAUAUAUAUAUAUAUAUACUGUAUAUAUAUAUAUUCUAUGUUGUGAGAAAGUGUUGCCUCAAUGUAUUUGUCUGCUAUGAUAGUAAAGGGAAUAUAUUUGUGCUUUGGACAAACAAAACAAGCAAUUUUAAGAUGUCACUUGGGUUCAAGAGAAUUCUGACAAUUCUCACAAUUUUCUGUCAUUUUAUAGACUAGGUAAAAGAAAAGGAGUGAUCCAUAUGAAAGUAAUCAUUCCUUUCAGUGUUAUAUAAAACGCAAAUAAUGUAUUCAUCCUACUGAAUUAGUUAUUGUUGUCGCCUUUGAGGCAUGCCAUCUUUUGGUUAGAGAUGAGAUAUGUUGCAUAAAUGUAUUACUCGUCAACAUUAGUAUAUUUUUGUAUAGCUGCGAGUUACCUAUUGUAUUGUAAGUAAGCUUAUUUUUAAACUAAUUGAGAGUUGUAUAAAUGUUGUAUUAUAAUAUAUUUAAAUUAAAUAGCAUAUUUCUUUCUACAUUUCUUCUUUUGAACAUCGGUUAUAGUUUGAGCACUUUUUUCUAUUGUUGAAUUGAUGUGAGAAUUGAGUCUAUCAAUAAAAAGUAGGAUUUUAUGUAUUGUGUUCCAAGUGGACUUUAAGUAAACACCCACAAGCCUAAA